CGAAGCCCCAGACGGCCUCCGGCUCCGCGGGACCUGCGGCCACGCGCCCGCCCCGUGGCAGCCCUCCGAGAGCCCAUGGAGGCGUGGACACCCGCCACUCCGCGUGGGGACGCGCUGCGGGACGAGGCAGAAAAUCUACUUCAGCAGCUUCAAGAACAUUUUCAAGCUCUUACAGCAGCUUUAAACCUCAAAACGGAAGAAAUGGGAAAUCGUAUUGAGGAUUUACAGAAGGAUGUCAAUGACCUCAUGGUACAAGCUGGGAUUGAGAAUUCCUUGAAAGAACAAAUGACCUGAAGAUGUUAUUAAACAAGCCACUUAAAGCAGCUAAAAGGAAAGACAUUCUUUUGGAGGAAUAACCUAUACAAAAUGAAUUCUGAUGCUUCUGAUACAUUUUUUUUUUUUUUGGCACCAGUCCUCGGGCUUGAACUCACUCGUGUCUGAGUGCCGUCCCUGAGCUUCUUCUAA